AUGUUUAGAGUGUUUGGAGCUCUUACCGGUAGAGGCAACACCACUCCUGAGAUGUCACAAGAGGAAAAAACGAAGUUGAUACUGAAACAGGCUCACGAUUUUGAGAUUGCGUUACAGGCUAUGGAUUAUGUUCUUGAUGACAGAGCACAAGAGGGACUGCAGCUGUUGCGAGAUAAUGAACCUGAGGAUGGAUCUGAUCAAACGAUUAACGUGCUGGCUCGCGGUGUUAUUGAAUUUUUGGAGGCUACAUUGGGCUUCGAGGCGGAGGAGAUGAAGAAGGCGUCGGCCACUUUGGCAAAAGCAGAGCAGUUGUCAUUGAAGAGCAGACAGGAUGCGCAAAAGUUGCAGUUGCAUAGCAGCUCGUUAUAUCCGUCGGGUACUGUUUACGCGGUUACUUACACUGAAUCUUGCCUAUUGCAUGCGCUUCUGAUGCUGUUCAGCGAGAGCAUGAUGGAGGCCGCUAAGGCAUUGUUAAAAUUGCGUAAGGCUUACUCGAUGUUGCAGGAGAUUUUUGAAGCGAUGAAGAAGGCUGAAAAGAGCAGGGGGCUCUCUAGUGAGGAUCCUAAUGAGUCGCAAACGAGCUUCUCUUCGUGCGAUUCUCCCUUUGCCUCUGCGGACAUUCCUUAUGCACUUUCUGCAGAAGAGCAAGAAGAUCAUGAUCUGUUGGAAUAUGCCGAGAAAGUACAUCAUAUGAGAAUGAAGCGGCUAUGCGGUGCCCACAUCGGUAAUUCACCAGCUAUCAAUAGGUUACGAGACGAGCUGGGCUUAGGUGCAAUGAGAAAUCUUCCCAAGGAGGAAAUCAAAGAGUUUACUCAUGUUUUUGACGACCUAGAUGUCACGGAGGCUACUAUUGAUGAAUUUAUUCAUUCUGGGGUAAACUUAUGUUUUGGCAUUCUGCAGGUGGUUCUCUCCUUAAUUCCUCCUGCUAUCGGAGCUGUACUCUCCAUAGUUGGUUUUCAUGGUUCAAGGGAAGAGGGUCUCAGGCUGGUUUGGAGAGCUACAAGGCAGAGAAAUGUCCAUGGUUGUAUCGGAUUAUUGGGUUUGAUGUUUUAUUAUGACGGUCCUUUCCAGUUUACCGACGACGAUUUUGACAUCCCAGCUGCUAGUUCAACUUCGACUACGUUGGGUAAUAGCAAGUCUCAGGCAAAUCUAUCUGCGUCUUCGCUACUGCAGAAAACUAGAUCAUCCCGGAGUACCUCUGUUGUCUCGCUCAAGAAGAAGGCUACAAAUGAUAGUUUGAGUUCAUUAAGGAGAAACGAAACAUCUGAGAGCACCAACUCCUUAAAGAAGCUUAGCUCGUUGCAGGAUGGUGAUCUCGAUGGACCGACUUUGCUGCAUCCGGGAAAAAUUCUUGUCGAUGCGCUACUAAGGUCCAGGGCCUUAUUCCCCAACAGUGCGUUAUGGCUACUGAAUGAAGCCAGGAUGUUGUCUGCGCGUGGUCGACUCGAAGAAGCUGUCCAGCUGCUCGAUUCCAUCGAUGUACAGAGCAUAGCUAUGAGACAAGUAAAGUCUCUCUUGGUCUUUGAUCGUGCCAUUACUCUCUCUCAUUUGCAUAGGUAUGAAAGGGCUGCAGAAGAUUUGCUGUCGUUGAUCAAUAUCAGUGAUUGGUCCCACGCUUUUUACACUUAUUACGCUGGGUGCUGCUACCUAGAGAACUGGAGAAUGUGCCAGCUUGGUGUCCUCGAAAGCGACAAAGCUGAAUUCUAUAAGAAGAAGGCACUUGAAUUGAUCUUUGGUGCUCCAAGUUUAUUGGGCAAAAAGACCUUCAAAUCCAAAAACUUGCCUUUGGAUAGAUUCAUGCUUAGAAAAGUGGAGCAGUACAAAACAAUGCAACAGAAACUUGGCGUUUCUGAUGCUUUGGAUGCCAUCGCAACUUCACCCGUGCAUGAGAUUUCGUACUUCUACAAUGGCUAUAACAGAAUGACGAAAGAAGGUUUGGAGCUCUCAAACAAGAUGUUGCUGGAGUACCACAAUCCUGCGAUUGAUAGCAAAAACGUGGACCAAGAGCUUAUCAAGGAUUUCCUGGUAGCACUCAGCCUCAGAAGAUUGGGAGAAGUCGAAGAGGGCUGCAACCUGAUGGAUGAAAAGUUAUUGCCCAACUUUUUCUCCAUGGAUAGAGGCAAGGUCAGAUAUAUAAAGAAGACCGAGGACCCAUGGCUGUACCCUGCAGCCCUCUAUGAGCGUGCCCUAUUCUCCUGGAAGCUCCACGGGAUUGAUGGUUUACCCGAAAGCAGAGAAUGGUUGCUAAGAGCUCAAGGCUACGCCGAUGAUUACGAGCUGAGUACCCGUAUCGGGAUGAAGAUCAAAGCUGCUCUUGAUAGAGUCGAGCACUCUCUAUGA